AUGGAGGACGGCCGUCGCUCACCGGAUUCGUCCAAGGAAUCAAAGUCGGAGGAACACUCCAAGAUGAACGGCUCCAAGCUAAAACGGGAUGGCGCCAGCAACGCCGGCAAUGCGGCUACGCCAAACGGCUCCCAGACCGGAAACUCGAGACACCCAAGCAUGUCGCCCGACGAGCACAAGGCUGCGAGUGAGAGCACAGCAACUCCCAGCGAAAAUGUCCCGACACAAAAGCCUUCGCGAAAGGCAUCUCAGAAGAACAUGAAGAGGGAGCCGGUGCUCUUCAACCAUCUCCCCGACGUUAGGGAAGAGGCAUGCACACAUUUCCAGGUCAUUCAUGACUGUCUCUAUGGCUCAAAGAACAUGGGUGCAUCCGAGCACGACGCGUUGGAUUGUGACUGUGCGGAAGAAUGGCGUGGUGAUAUGAACCAUGCGUGCGGGGAAGAUUCAGACUGUAUCAAUCGGGCCACGAAAAUGGAGUGCGUUGACGGCGACUGCAACUGUGGUAGCGGAUGCCAGAACCAGCGCUUUCAGCGAAAACAGUAUGCCGACGUGUCGGUCAUCAAGACGGAAAAGAAGGGGUUCGGCCUCCGGGCAAACACGGAUUUGCAAGUUAACGACUUCAUUUUCGAGUACAUUGGCGAGGUCAUUAACGAGCCGACAUUUCGCAGCCGCAUGGUCAAAUACGACAAGGAGGGCAUCAAGCACUUCUAUUUCAUGUCACUAACCAAAUCCGAGUUUGUUGAUGCCACUAAGAAGGGCAAUCUCGGCAGGUUCUGCAACCAUUCGUGCGAUCCUAAUUGCUACGUCGACAAGUGGGUGGUUGGUGACAAGCUGCGCAUGGGCAUUUUUGCGGGGCGCGCAAUCAAGGCGGGUGAGGAACUGGUGUUCAACUACAACGUGGACCGCUAUGGCGCCGACCCGCAGCCUUGCUACUGCGGUGAAGCAAACUGCACCGGUUUCAUUGGCGGCAAAACGCAAACAGAGCGUGCAACCAAACUGCCUCCUGCCACCAUCGAGGCGCUUGGUAUCGAAGACGGAGACAGCUGGGACACGGCGGUGGCGGCCACCGUCAAGAAGCCCCGCAAGAAGAAGGCUACCGAGGACGAUGAAGAGUACAUCAACCGCUUCGAGCCUCGUGGCCUCGAUGAAGAGGGUGUCACCAAGGUCAUGGCCACUCUCAUGCAGUGCAAGGAGAAAUGGAUUGCCGUCAAGCUGCUCGGCCGCCUUCAGAAUGCCGACGAUGACCAUGUCCGCAAUCGGGUUGUUAAGAUGCACGGAUACCAGAUUUUGAAGACAACCCUCAACACCUUUAAGGAAGACACCAAUGUCGUUCUGCAGAUUCUCGAUAUCCUGUACCAACUCCCCCGCAUCACCAAGAACAAGAUUACCGAUUCCAACAUCGAAGCCGCCGUCGAGCCCCUCACCCAUUCCGACCAUGAAGAUGUCGCGUCGCAGUCCAAACGAUUGCUUCAGGAAUGGAGCAAAUUGGAGACAGCCUAUCGCAUCCCGCGCAAGAAGCUCGACCCCUCCGCUCCCGUAACCACAAAUUCGUUUGAGGAUGACCGCCGUAACGUCAAUCAUGAGGAGCAUCCCUCAAGACCUGUCAAUCCGUUCGAGAACAUGGUUGUGCCCACGGGUCCCCGCAGCAACAUUCCCCAACGGAACAUGAACUACUUCAACAACCAGAGACCACGCAAGCUUCCAACGAAUCUCCCUGCAGGAUGGUUUGUCACCACUGACAGCACAGGCAAAUACUAUUUUUACGACAAGAGCGGCCAUACCCAGUGGCAGCGGCCUACAACGCCUGCUGUCGACGUGCCCAAGCCCUCUGCCAAGGUGGAACAAAACCAGAAGGCUCUGCAGGAUAUCAUCGACAGUUUGACUAAGGAGCCGACGCCCCGCCAUUCUGCGAACCAAACCCCUAAAUCCAACACACCUGUGCCAGACAAUGGUAAGAAGGAGAAGUGGAGGUCUCUUCCGGUUGAGAAACAGAUGAAGAUUUACGAGAACACGCUCUUUCCUCAUGUGAAAUACGUCAUGGACAAGUUUCACCGAAGACUUCCCAAGGAAGACCUUAAGCGUUUCGGCCGUGAGAUCAACAAAAAACUGGUUGCUUCCGACUACAAGAACCACCGUGUCGAUGACCCUACGACCAUUUCCUCCAACCAGGCAAGGAAGAUCAAGAAAUUUGUUAAGGACUUCUUUGAUCGUGCUGUGGUCAAGCACAGGGAAAACGAGCAGCGCGCUGCACAGAAAGCCGGGCCAUCAUCUUCCGGCGCCCCAUCACCUACCAACGGCGGUUCAGCAAUGGAACCCAAGUCACCACUUGGCCGUAACGGCGCCAGCAAUGCCCCCGUCAAGAACCAGCAGCCCGACGCCGAUGGCGAUAUCGUCCUUACAGACGUGGAGGAUGAGGGCGAGAAUACUCCUGCCACCUCCAGCCCAGACCGCAAGAGGAAGCGUGCGGAAGAGCAAGAGGUUCCGGCGCCGGCAUCCGAAGCGAUACCUUCACCGAAGCGAGCCAAGGAGGACUCGACAACCGAAGACUCGAUCCCCAGCCCUCCGCCCCCUCCGCCGCCGCCGACAGAUACUCCACUCACCGAAGAGGAGCGAUCAAUGCGUGAGCAAGAGGAGGCCUUAAUGAGGGAGAACGAAGAAGCGCAGAGGCUGGAGGAUGAGGAGGCCGAGCGCCGGGUGAGUGUUACUGUCCAGGGAGCGGCUGCUGCGACCAGCAAGGUGAACGGGGUAAAUGGGACCAAGGCCCACCAUACCUCGAAGGCAUCACCUGCUGUAUCCGAUGAGAGUGGGAUGGAUGCUGGUCGUGAUGAGAAGAGUAAUAAGCAAAGGGUACAACAGGAGCCCGUCAGUCGUUAG